ACGCGGAAACUGGUCAGCACUUAGCCAAAAAUCAAAAAGUUUUCCGCUACUACAAUUAUGAAACCAAAGAAACUAGUUAUUUUUAUCGCACUAACGAAAAACUAACUGGCCAAUGUGCUAAACCAGUCCUCAUUAAGAAAAAUUAUCGCUUAGGCACUCGCUCUUUAAACCCUUUAUCUCUCUUAAAACUGGCUAACAAGCACACUAAAAAAGAACUCUAUCACUUCAAAAAACCUAAGCAACAACUAAGUCAAGAUUUUCAAGAAUUUCUAAUCACUAGACUACUCUUGCUGUGUAAUAAAGCCGAAUUCCUCCAUACUCCUUUAGAACAAGAACAUGUCCCUAAAGAAGCCGCACAGUGUAAUCAGUCUAUUUAUUCUCAUUUUCAAACUAAACCAGUUUUACACUUCCAAUUUUUACCGGAAAAUGCUGUCAUAGUAAGAACUUUUAUCAAUCACCUCGACAUUUAUGCUCUAGAAUACGAUCUCGAAGAAAAACAACAUAUUGCCGAAAAUGGGGCUACUCCGCGCUUCACAGUGCCUUUUCUCAAACGUCAGAAUAAAUAUAAUGUCGAAUUACAAAACUGA